UAAACAUCUGUGUUCAAAGGUAACAGGCUCAUUUCUUCUUCAUCAAAACAAAAUGGACUCCGGGUUGAGAGAGAGGGAACAUUUGUUGGCCUUGAAAGUGAUGAGGUUGACCAAACCCUCUAUGUACACCAAUGUACCUGUCCACUGUGAAGCUCAAGACCUUCCAGGAACAAUAUUCAAAGAGUCUCAUGAUGCCGACAUUGCAACCAUUAAGGGAGUUUAUAACUUUGGACUUGGGGAUUUGUUAGUAUUACCACAAACAUUUGGGAACAUAUUUUUGGGUGAGACAUUUUCAAGUUAUGUUAGUGUUCAUAAUGACAGCAAUCAGACAGUCAAAGACAUUGUAAUCAAGACUGACCUCCAGACAUCUUCCCAGCGGCUGACACUGUCAGGUGCUGCAAACAUGCCUGUUGCCAAACUAGACACCCAGCAGAGCUAUGAUCAAGUGAUACACCAUGAAGUCAAAGAAUUAGGAACUCAUAUACUGGUUUGCGCUGUCAGCUAUUCCACAAAUGCUGGGGAGAAAAUGUACUUCAGAAAAUUCUUCAAGUUUCAGGUUUUGAAGCCACUUGAUGUCAAGACAAAAUUCUAUAAUGGAGAGGAUGAUACUGUCUUCCUAGAAGCACAGGUUCAAAACAUCACAUCCAGUCCAAUGGUCAUGGAGUCUGUACGUCUGGAACCCUCGCAGAUAUACACUGUAAUAGACCUGAACUCUGUCAGUGAUGACAGUAAUAAACUUAACAGCGAGGAAGCACCAACAGAGAAUGUUUUUGGUCGUGGAUCAUUUUUACAUCCCAAUGAUACAAGACAGUAUUUAUACAUGUUGAGAACCAAACCAUCUUACGAAAGGAACCAUAAGUCUGCUUCGAUGGUUGGGAAGCUAGAUAUUGUUUGGAGAACAGGAUUUGGUGAGCGAGGAAGAUUACAAACAAGCCAUCUGACUAGAGUGACACAGAUCCCUACAGAUAUAAAACUAACCGUGUCCAGAAUACCUGAUACAGUUCCUGUAGAAACUAGAUUCCCUGUCGAGUUUAAACUAAAGAAUACUUGUGAGCGCAAAAUGGAUCUUCGAUUACUGAUGACAAAAAGCAAGGAUGGAGCCAUGAUGUGGUGCGGCACGUCUGGAAGGAAUAUCGGUGUACUCGUCCCUGGCUCUCACUUGGAUCUCAAACUUCACCUUCUUCCACUGUCAGCUGGUUUACAGAGUGUCAGUGGUCUAAGAGUGCUGGAUAAUCUCUCAGGACGUACGUACGAGUUCGACAACAUCACUUCUGUUUUCGUUUAUUCAUGUGAUCAAUCUCCAUUCACUUCCAACAAUCUUGUUUCACAAACAAUUGAAUAAUAUUAUUAUCUAGUAGUAAAAAAUUAUCAUUACAAAAUAGAUAUUCUAUCAGUGUAUUAUAUGAAAGAUUCUUACUCUAUCUUGGCUGUUUUAUGAAAAUAUUUUUUAUCUUUCUCUUGCAUCUGGGUCCGUUUGAUGCCACUUGCAGCUAGUAAUAAGCGUCGAUUUAAAUCAUUAUUAUGCUUGCCGCUUGGCUUGAAGUCUGGUCUACUCGUUAGUAAGUAGAUGUCAGGUCACUCAUCACCAGUUUGUUUUUGACAUUAAAAAUUCAUUUUACCAGUAGGUUUAUUGGCGUUACUAACAAAUUUUAUUUAAAUUAUUUUUCCUGGUUUUGAAUGUUUUUUCUCCUAAAGAAUGUUAUGAAGUGUUCAGAAAACAAAUUGGAAUAUUCAAAUUUAGUCAGUGAUUAUGCUUGCGUCUAACGUAGUGAAUGAACAAUAUCAUUGGCUCUAUCAAUGCCGGUUAAGUAGCCACCAUGAAGAUAGCCAUUGUACAACUCAUGGGUUGCUUCUCCAGAAAAAUAAAUGCUUUGAACAUUCUUUUGAA